AUGGAUUUCAUCAAGAAAAUGGCUCAAGAAAAGCUAUCAGACGCUUUCAACGGAGACGAUGAUAACAAGCAACAACAAGGUGGAUACAACAACCAACAAGGCGGUUAUGGUGGUCAACAAGGUGGAUACGGCGGCCAACAAGGGGGAUAUGGCGGUGAUGAUCAACAAGUAGGUGGUUAUGGUGGGAAUCAAGGAGGCCAAGGCGGAUAUGGCGGGAACCAAGCUCCUGGAAGCUACGGAGGAGAUCAAGGUGGCUAUGGCGGUGGCAACAACUACGGUAACACCGGUGGAGAGCAAUACAAUCGACCUCACGGUGAGGGUGGUGCUAGCGCUGGCUAUGGUGGUAGUUCAGGUGGAUUCGGUGGUGCACCUCAAAUCAACGAAAACACCGCUGUCCAUGCUGCCAACCAAUACGGUUCGAACGGUAACGAAAACUCAUCAUUGUUCUCCACCGCCAUGUCAUUCUUGGGUAAUAUGAACAAGGAUGAUGGUGAUGUCGACGAGGACAAGGUUCAACAACAACAUCAACAAGCUUAUGGACAGGGUAAUGCCAGUGGAAUGAGCGCUAAUGCCAUCGGAAGCGCCGCUGCCUUACAAGCUCUCAAAGCGUUUACUUCUGGUGAUAACCAAGCUGCCAAGAGUAGCGGUGGUGGUGACAUGCAAUCCAAGAUUAUCGGUAUGGCUAUGUCAGAAGCUGCCAAGCUCUUCGACCAAUCUGGCGGUGCAGCCCAAGGCAACAAACAAGAUGCCGUCACUUCUGCCGGUCAAACUAUCAUGAAGCUUUUGAUCAAGUCCCAAUUCUCGGGUACCACUGGUGGUGGUAAUUCCGGUGGUUUAUCCGGCUUGAUGAGCAUGGCCUCCAAAUUCAUGUAG